UUUCUUUUUCACACACUUUCAUCUUACCUUCUUUUUUUUUUUCUAUUAUUAUUAUUAUUUUAAACAAUGGCUUAUAAUCCUAAUCAAUACGGUGGUUAUCAACAAUCUCCUCCUCCUCCACAACAACAACAAGCUUACGGCUCUCCUCAUAUGGCAGGCACUCCUCAAAACAGAUAUAGUCAACCUCCUCCCCCUCAACAACAACAACAACAAUAUGGCUAUGGUGCUCCUCCUCCUCCUCAACAACAAGGUUAUCCUCCUCAAAACUAUGCACGACCUCCUCCUAUGCAACAUGCCCCUCCACCUGGUGCUGACCCUCAACUUUGGAGCUGGUUUACUGCCGUUGAUACUGAUCAUUCGGGUCAAUUGACGGUAGAUGAACUUCAACGAGCUUUGGUGAAUGGUGAUUGGAGUCCUUUCAAUAUCGAAACUGUCCGUACUAUGGUGAAUAUGUUUGAUACUGAUAACACUGGUACUAUUGACUUCCAAGAAUUCGCAGGUUUAUGGAAAUAUAUUGAAGAUUGGAAACGAUGCUUCCAAACAUUUGAUGUAGAUGGUUCUGGUUCCAUUGAUCGAAAUGAAAUGAAGAAUGCUUUACGGACGUUUGGUUACAAUCUAUCGGAUAGAUUCAUUAGUGUCUUGAUUCAAAAGUUUGAUAAAUAUGGUCAUGGUGGACAAACAGGCAAAGGCGAUGUGACUUUUGAUAAUUUUGUGCAAGCAUGUGUGAAUGUCAAGACUUUGACCGAUUCUUUCCGGGCCUUUGAUACGGAUAAUGAUGGAUGGAUUCAAAUCAACUAUGAACAGUUUUUGGAACUUGUGAUUCGUCAAAAGGCCUAGACAGUGUAGAAUUAGUAUAUCUCAAUUCAUUCCUUUAUUACAUUAUAUUCGUUUUUUUUUUUUUAUCUUUUUUAUAAUCUGUAUAAAUAUUUCCCAUCCCUCUUCAUUUCACUCUUCUUUUUUUUUUCCCUCGUAUUCCUGUACAUCUUUCCUCAAUGCUCUCUUCCUUUUCUUUUAUAUCAAUAAAGAAAAAAAAAACAAAAUAAAAUAAAGCAUCACAAAAAUCUCAUUAUGCA